UGUGUCUGCAGUGUUGAAAGUCUGGCACAUCUUAUUUUCUCCAUUGUUUCGUCCUCUGCAAAGCAAGCGGCAUGGAACACAGUUCGUGAUGCUGUCUUUGCAGUUGGAGCAGUGGACCGGACAGCCGCCUGUGUCAAGCACCGGUAUUAUGAUUGCAGGGCGAUGGUCAAAAGGAAAAUGUCAAUCAUGCACUCCACAUCAAAGACUGUGCGUUUCAACAUUUGGGAGAAGGAGGUGCGGGACAAACUUCUUCCAGAGGCUGUUGUCGCUGGUGUCCAUAGCGCAAGUAGGAGAGACAAAUCUGUCAGGCAACAGAGAGCUGAUCACCAAAAAUACUCUGCAGGGCGAUCAGCCCCAAGCACGUCUCAGCCUAGUUCUGUAACUCGGAUCCCACCAGUAGCAGCCUCUGGAAGUAGAGAGAUGUCCACUACUCCUCCACAACUACGAGGCAUGUCUGCAGGUGGAAGCCAUACCAGUCAACUGCAUUCACCAGUCAUUACUGUAGAGGAAAGUGAUGGAGUAAAUAUUGAUCACAUAUGCUUCUCACCAUCAUCAUCUGUGAGCGUUGUCCAACCAUCAAGCAAACAUCAUGCCCCCAUUGUGGAUGAGCAGCAUGGGCAGACAGCGCAGAAUCAACAACCUCAACCGGAACAAGACAAGCCAACAGAACCGGAAACACAAAAUCGGUAUAGCCGGACGGAGGAGUUACUUCUUGAAAAUUUACUAGCAACAAAAAAUUUGACAAAAGCUGUUGAAAAUAUGAGAGGAUUUACAUCGACACAUAGACAGGGCAUUAGCCCGUGUCAACAAAGAACAGCGCCAUGCAAUAGAUCACAUGCUUGAAUCCAUUUCUCCAACAUUUUUGUGUCCGGUCCACGGCGUCAUCCAUUACUUAUGGGAAAUGUUCUCCCCC